AUGUCAUUGACUCCCCUUGCUCCCCCAACGACGACGGUCCGGUUCACAGGGCCGGCCUCAUGCCUGGCCACGACGAAGCUGCACAUUCUCAGCGGCGACUGCCUCCUCGAGCAGAGGUUGGCGUGGUCCUCGGCUUUUCCCACGGUGACGACAUGCUCGUACCUCGUCCACGGCCCGCUGACUUCGUACGAGGGGGAGUGCACGCAGCCGAACCCCACCGAUGCCAGCCAGACGCUGUACACGAGCUGUCCGGCCGGCUACACGGGCGCAUGCACCGGCUACUUCACCCCCGAAGACCGUCCCUGGCGGGUUAAUUACCAUGUGACCUGCUGCCCCGACGCCUUCGACUACCAAUGCGGCGGACCCAUGCAGGCAGAACCGACAGGCAAGCCCACCUCGCCAACAUGGCGGCCAUACAAGCCAUGCAGGGCCCUCUCGGCAUCCCUGCCACCCACCGUCACGGCGGCGCUGGGCACUGGCCCCAGCCCGCUGUCAUCGGGCGUGAUGGCCUGGGGCCCCGCCCGCGACGUGCUGUUCGCCGACGGCCAGCUCGCCGUCGGGUACGUCUACCUCGACGGCAGCGGCGCGUCCGUGUCCACCUGCGACGGCUGGUACUGUCCCGACGCGUCGGCGCCGCUGUCGGCGGUGCCGUCGCGGACCGGGGCGCCGGGCGAGGGUGGUUCUUCUGCGGGGAAGGCUACGACGACGACGCUGUCGAGUGGCGGGAUGCGGACGGGGACGGGGGCAUUGCCGACGUCGGCGUCGAAGGGGGCUGCGGCGGGAUGUCUGGUUUGGAGUCGAGGUCUUACGGUGGCUGUUGUGGGAGUGGGGAUGUUGUCUCUUCUUCUGUGA